AGUUGAGUUGGAAAGAACAGACCUGAACCACGGUCGAUGCGACACAAGAGUCCCAAAUGGCGCGCACGACGGUCUUGCUCAAUUGCAUAGUUCGCGGCGGUUCACGGUAACUGAAGGGAUUCCGGCCAUUUGCAAUCGCUCGCUGCGUUCAUUUGCGUUUCGUUUCGUUUCGCUGCGGAUCUUCGUCGUCGGCUUUUCUCCGCAUCACGCUUAACGUCGUCGCUUCGGUAAGGAAACCCCGACACGUCUUCGUGUCGCACAUGCCAGCGUCUCGCUGGCUCGGAUCGCCCGUUCGCCGACCGCCACUUCGCCGGAGUCGCAUCGCGGAAGCCUCUGGUUCGCGAUCGCCAAUUUCGCUGACGCUCCGACCGAGCGUUCGUCACCCGCCACGUCGUUUCGGAACUUUCAGUGUUACAUAGCGUUACGUGCGCUCACCUGUCUCGCGUUCUCUAUAUUGCUCGCGAGAUCGGUUCGCUGUACAACACUGGCUUUUUAACUGGACAGGCUCCGCUUGAUCACCUUCGUCUUUACGAAGACACACACCCAUACACACACAUACCGCAUUAGGAGCACAAUGUCAUUCAAUCGGGGAGUGAAGAGGGACUCCUUCGGGAACCGAGGGAACUUCAAUCGGGGCGGCAGUGGGGGCGGCGGGGGCGGUGGCAACAGAGUGGGCAAUAACAGCGGCAUGGGUGGAAUGAAUCCCUGGGAGGGUGGCAUGAUGCCCGGCAGGGGUAUCCUGCCCACGCCCAACAACAACCUGUCCCUGGCGUCGCCGCAGGCGCAGCUGGCGAUCGCCAGCAACCUCCUCACCAAUCUGCUUCGCAGCCAGCAGGAGGCGCAGCCGCAGGUGCCGUCUCUCAUGAGCCUGGGAAAUAAUUACUCUGGACCGGGACCGAAUUAUCCCAACCAGCAGAACUACUCGUCCGGACGGUUUAACGAUCGAGUGGCGCGGCAUCCUAUGAAGAACCAGCGUCCGCAGCCGUACAACAAGAUGGGCAAUCGAGCCCGAGAUGGCCCCGCUGGGCGACGUGGCCCAUCCGCACAACAAUCUCGUGCACCCCAGUCUGGCAGUCAACGUAUGAACGGAAACCAAAUACAACAUCGCAACGAUAAAUCUUCUAAACCAAUUCCUGCCUCUAAACAAAAUCAGACUGCCAAAAAGGAACAGCAGGAUGUUAAGACCUCUGAUAGCGAAAAAGCAGAACCGCCUGUUCCGAAAAGCAAUGACGCAGACGAGUCCGAGGAUAAGAAGCGCGAUUGGAAGGAUGAGAAAAACACGGAAGAAAAAGUUGUGAAAAUGGAGGACGAAAAGACGGAAGACAGCGAGAAAAAGCUGGACAAGUCCGCUGCGGAAGAUUCUCCGUCGAAAGAAGGGAAAGACACGUCUGAGAAAACCGAGAAAGAAAACACGAAAAUGACUGGCAAGAAAUCGGAAGUCAGACACGCUGAGAGUCGUUACUUCGAAGUUCCGAUGAACCAUAUGUUCUGUCACAUUUGCAACAAGCAUAUGUGGGACGGAUUUUCCUUCGAAAAUCAUCUACGCGGCCGUGCGCAUCAGCUGAUGAUGGAGAAGCUGGACGAGUCGUACAAAUUGAAGGUUGAUCUUAUGAGACACGAGCUGCGAGUUGCCGAGGAGCAGCGUGAGCUCAGCUUGAACAACUCGAAACGACGUGGCAAAAAAGUCUCUGUAGAUUUCAACGUGAGAGAAUAUUGUACAAUGUGCGAUCUCAACUUUUACGGAACCUUGUCUACGCAUAGGAAGAGCGAGAAGCAUCAACAAUUGAAAACCUUUUUACAUCCCCGCUGCUUCCCCUGUCUAAAAGAAUUCCCAUCUCGCAUAGAAUACGACGAGCACUGUUUAACGCCCGCUCACAUGAAGAAUUUCGUUCAAUGCGAGGAACAACGGAAAAAUAAAAAGAAAGAAAAAUUGGCAAAGGGAGAAGCUGAGGUUCGCACCGCGGAGGACGAGGAGAAAGAUGUCUAUGGAAAGUUCGAAAAGGAGGAGGAUUUAGGAGAGCAAGAAUACAUCACGGAUAUCGUAGAAAAUAUAACUGAGAAGAAAUUCAAGAUACCGUCUUAUAAAUAUUGCCGUCAAAAUCAGAUCUUUAUUGGUAAAGCUAUGGUCAAGGAGGUCCAAGGGUUUUACUGCGAGCGUUGCCGAAGGUUUAUGCUCUCGGCUGAGGACAUGAACGCUCAUUUACGCAGCAUUACGCACUAUCGGAACUUUGUAGCGGAGGUGAAAUCGUUAACAUCAACUGUACCAGCUGCAGAAUCGAAAGAAGCUGAACAAGCUGAGAGUGAGAAAAACACCGAGGAUGUUAAGGAUGAAUGCGAUAUACAUUGGAAACGUCGUAAGAUUAGUCACGAUGAGAAUGAGGAAAACGACAAGCCGGAGGAACAGCAAGAGAAUAGUGCUGAUAAUGCGAAUGUCGCGCCGAAGAGGUCGGAUGGAGAGGAGAAGUAUGAUCCAUUGGAGGCCGAUGCCGCCGAAUCGGAGGAGGAGGAAAAUCGCGAGGCGGAGGAAAAUGCGAAGGAGACAACCGCGGGAAAUACCGCUAACACACAAGAUGUAAAACAGUCAGUUGACGAAAUGUGGACGGAUACAGAAAAUGAUAACGAUACAGAGAUGGGUAAUCUGAUCGAUGAGGCGGAAGAAAAAGAACAUACGGAGCAGGAAAAGUCUGCUUCGGCUGCGCCGAAGGUAGAACGAAAUCGCAAUCCUCAAGUCAAGCAGGCUAGGGGUCGUGGUUUCGCACGCGGUCGCGGUGGCCCACGUGCCAGAAGAUCCCGGCGAUAAGGUAACACGGUUGUUUACGGAAAUAUGAAAGUAAAUGCGAGGAAGAUGAUGUCGGCAUAAAGGAAAUGCAAUUGUGUUUCGUAUUCAGAUAAAUUUUAACGAUAACAGAUAGAACACGUUUUUAUCAUUGAAGCGUGUGAUAUUAAUUUGUGUAUUAAUAUUGCACACUAUUAUAUUAGCAUUAACAUUACAUGUGAACGUAUAGUAAGUUCUUAAUUAUAAGUUUACAAUUAUAAACGACCUAUUUCAUUAGCACUAUGUAUAAGAGGAAUGUGUGCGCGCGCGCGAGAGAAAGAGAUUUAGAUUUUUUUUUGUAUAAAUAAUGUGGACUCUUAGCUAUACAGAUAUGGUAAUUUUUCUCUCGCAUUUUGAAAUUAUUGUUGGCGCUGCAUCCCAGCAAACACAGAACAUUGAAACAACGUUGCGGCAAUGUUAUAAUAUGGCUGUAACGUUGCUACAAUAUUGCGCAAUGUUCUAUGCCGACCGAGUGUUGAUUCCUCUUAGGGUUACAAGGCGUUUUUGAAGGAACGUACCCAAACCUCUUAUAACACCUCUCUCUAUAUCCACU